AUGAUGGAAAAGCCGGGGCUUGGCGGUCAGACAUGCCUGAGGACUGAAUCCAGCUGUGCCACAGUUCACACCUGCGAAGUGAGAGCUGGUUGGACGGAGCGAGCUGGGCAGUCACACCCUCCACCCCAGAAUAAGCAGAGGCGGACCCGGGCCGAACGACGUGGCCCCACUUCCUGCCCUCCCCUCCCCUCCCGCCCAGGCCGCAGUUUCUCCAGCGCGGGGGCGGGGCCCGGGCAGGCUCCGCCCCGCUCCGGCCGCUGCCCGCGCUGGCCCCGCCCCGCCCCGCCCAUCGUCCGGCGGCCUGGGGGCGGCGCGGGGAGGAGCGCGGAGGCGGCUGCUGGCACCGCACAGGGCUCGGUCGCGCGGCCCGCUGCUUUUGGUCGCGGGAGCCGCACAGUGCAGUCCGCGGUGAGUACCGACUCGGCCACCCUGUCCUCCGAGGAGUCGGCGCGGGCCUUUUCCGCGGCGCCCGAGGCAGAGUGGCCUGGAGAUGAGGGGGCGAGCCCGGGGGAGGUCGAGGGGAGAAUCGGGGACUUGCUCCUGGGACUGACCUCUCCGCCUGGUCCCCAGGCCGUGACGCGCCGGGAUAAGGGUCAGGGACUGGAAAUGGCUGUCCUCGCUCCCCUUAGUCUUGGCUGA